AUCUGAUUCAAAGUCUUCUUCAUCUUCCUUUUAUAGGAUUAGUAAUACCUCAGAAAAUAUAUCCAGAAUUGACGAAGGCGAAUUAAAAAUGACAACCAUGCCUGUUUUUGUCAACAUGAGGAUCUGGGUUGAAGCAGAGAACCAACUUGGAAAAAGCACAUCAGAACAACUUCAUUUGGAUCCAGUAGACAUUGUGAAACCUAGUGCCCCAGAGAUUGAAAAGAUUAGUUCUGAAAAGGAGUUUCCCAACUCGUUGGUGGUGUCCUGGAAUCUCACUUUAAAUCCGCUUCUCUUUAAACUGAAGUACAACAUUCGCUACAGGAGCGCCAGCAGUUCCGAGUGGACGAAGGUUCCACUGAGUGAAACAGGAAGCAGCAUUAAGUCAUUUAGACUUCAAGACCUUAAGCCCUAUACAGAGUAUAGAGUUUCUGUCCGGUGCAUCAAAGAAGAUGGUUUAGGCUACUGGAGUGACUGGAGUAAAGAAAAGAGUGCAACCACACCCGAAGUCAAACCUUCUGGAAGACCAGAUCUCUGGAGAGUUAUUGGCCCUUCUGAUUCUGACAAAAAUCGACGUGUAACACUGAUAUGGAAGGAACCAGAUCCCUCUGUUGCAAACGGAAAGAUAUUGGGAUAUGAAGUACAGAUUGAAGGGAGACACUAUCCUGCAGCAAAACGCUUCACAGUUAAUGGGACAAGUGUGGACUACACAUUAACAGAAGGAGCAAGCUAUCAUAUAACUAUCGCUGCCUUUAAUUCAAAAGGACAAUCUCCUGGUGCAAGGUUGUUUAUUCCAGCAGGCAGUCAAAAAGAGCUUCCUUCAGUGGAAGACUUGAAGGCAUUUCCACAGGACGGCAAGUUGUGGGUAGAGUGGAAGGCCCCUCGUAAGAGCGAAUCGGAGUAUGUUGUUGAGUGGUGUGCAAUGAUGGAGGAAGGGGGAGGAUGUUCCACUGAAUCCAUUGAAUGGCAGCGUGUAUCAGCAUUAUCUAUUAAUACAGUCCUAAAAGGCAAUAUUAAACCUCUGAAGCGCUACAAAAUAUCUGUGUUUCCGGUUUAUUUUGGAAUUCCUGGUGCUUGCCGUUCAGUUGAAGAAUAUCUGGAACAAGGAUCUCCUACAAUUGGUCCUACUGUUCGAACAAGAAAAAAAGAAAGAAAUGGAGCUUUGUUAGAAUGGAAUUUGAUUCCACUUAUGUCUCGAAAUGGAUUCAUAAGAAAUUACACAAUAUUUUACCAGGCUGAAGGUGGGGUUGAAGAAUCAAUAACAGUUGAUUACGCAAACCGUCAAUAUACUUUAACUUCACUCGGCAUUAGUGCUAUGUAUGCUGUGCACGUAAGUGCGAAUACUGAUGCAGGGAGCAAAAACGGAUCUGAAUUUACAUUUACAACUCUGAAGUUCGCACCCGGGGAAAUUGAAGCUAUCGUCGUGCCAGUUUGCUUAGGCUUCCUGAUCACCACUGUGGCGACCCUGCUGUUCUGCUUUAACAAGCGUGACCUGAUUAAGAAACACAUUUGGCCACAGGUGCCUGAUCCUGGGAACAGUCGUAUUGCAAACUGGUCACCUUAUUCGGGUCCAAUUCGGCCUAACUUUAGUCCAAAAGAACAGGUUUACCCAGAAGGUAUUAUUACUGACUUCAGUGUAAUAAAUAUAGAAAAUGACAACAUUGACGAUUACAACAAGGCAUCAGAUUCCCUGAAGAAGGGAAAGUACACAUCGGAGGAGCACAGCAGUGGGAUUGGAGGCUCUUCGUGCAUGUCAUCACCCCGACAGAGCGUCUCGGACAGCGACGAGGCUGAUUCGGCACAAACCACUUCCAGCACAGUGCAGUAUUCCUCAGUGGUGGCGACCGGCUACAGGGGACAGUUACCAUCGGCACCUGUGUUCGCAAGAUCAGAGUCGACCCAGCCACUGCUCGACUGCGAGGAAAGGCCAGAAGAGCAGCACCUGUAUGGAAACUUAAACAGCGAGCAAGGGGUGACGCGUCCUAGCAGACUGUACUUCAAAAGACCCAGAAUGAUAAAUGAAGAUGCAGACCCGAGCUGUGAUUCUUUGGGGUUUUGCCCAGCUGACGAGGUAACUCUGCAGGACUCUGCUGCCACAGGUUCUUCACAGCCUGACAGUGAAGGACAAACUGUCCCCAGGAAUGGUAUUAACGCCAGCCCGGAAAGAAACGAGACAAAAAGCUACGUGCCACAGCAGAAUGGUUACAGGGCACAGUGAAAAAAAAGGCCUUUGUUUCUUUUGUCUUGUCCGGAGUGCCUCUGUUUAAGAAACAAAACACACAAAACAAAAGCUAAAUGAACCCUUGGGGCGGCUAGGGGCAUUGUAUAUAAACCAAUAGGACUGUACUGGUGCAUAGUGAAUUUGACAUCAGGGUCAAUUCAUAGAUCUAAACAAAGGGUGGAUCCCAAUAAGGCUACUUUUUACAGUAUGUUACAUAAACAUAUUAGGGGAUGUGCUAAAAAAAAUCAGUAGGUCACACUUGUUCUUCGUUAUUAAUGGCCAGGACACCUGGAAGCCCAACAAAACUACAAUUAUAUUUUUAAAAAAAUAAAUAAAUAAAUAAAAUGAUCUACUCUGCACAACUUUUUCGUUCUUGGUUAUCCAGCAUUUUCCGACAGUAUAUUUUUAGAGUCAAGUUGAGAUUAUUAAAACUGAGUAGGUGGGGAAAGCUCUAUAGAUCUUCUCUAGAUCACACUGACAGUAAAAAAAAAAUGUGUUCUAACUAACAAUGAACAUUUUAUUGUUUUAUGGGUAGUCGAUAAUAGGAGUGAACUGAUUGUAUUGUAAGCUAUUUUGAUCAGCCUCAAAAUAUUGACCAGUUUUAUGUUUUCUUUAUGUAAAGUUUCAAAUUUUAAUGUAAAAUGCUUCACUGACAGCAUUUAGGCGUUGCACCAACACUAAUCUUACCAGUGGCAGCUGGUGGAUUCUGAGAAUGUGCAAUGUGUCUAAUUUUUUCUUCUUUUUUUAGUAUUUAGUAUUAUUAGCAUUACAGAAAUGGGGAUUUUAAACAUGAUUUUCAGCUUUAACAUCACAAAUUAACACUGACAAUGAAGCAAAAACAGGUUGAUAAUUAAGUUAGGGCACUGUCAGAAUUCUGUGAUUUUAGUUUUUACCGUUUUA